AUGAGUAAUACUUUUUCAGUAAACCUAUCUCUUGAGACACUUUCACAUAGUGUAAUCAAAGAAACCAAUUUGCCCAAGGGUUGGGAAAAUAUCGCUGCAAAAGAUAGAUCAGAAAUGCCUGGAAUAAUGACAUUAAUUGCAGAAUAUAGCGUGUUAAAACCCCUUAAAGGAAUCAGGUUAAGUGGAUGCCAACAUUUGACAAAUCAAACCAUGAUCUGUAUAGAAGCCUAUGUAUCACUAGGUGCUGAAGUUAGAUGGUGUUCAUCUAACCCUUUAUCUACAGUAGACCUAGCAGCAACAUAUUUGACAGUCAAAUAUCCUGAUAAGGUCACUUGUUUUGCGUGGAAAGGCGAAUCAAUGGAUGAAUAUUGGUGGUGCAUUUAUCAAACAUUAUCCUGGCCAAAUAACAGGGGCCCUCACACAUUACAUGACGAUGGAUGCUCAUCCUAUAUAAUGCUACACCAUGGAGUUAACCUAGAAAAAAAUUUCGAGAAUACUGGACAAAAGGGUAACGUGAAGGACUUAGAAGUGAAACUUUAUGACGGGGUGUCAAUGUUUAACCUGUUGAAUAAAAUUUUGGACAAAGAUCCCAAAUUUUGGCACAAAAUAGCAGCCGAUCUAAUAGGUAUAACUGAACAAACAACUUCUGGUGUCACAGCUUUUAGACAAUUUUGCAAAAAAGGUGGGGUUUUGGCAACCGUUUUUUGUGCUAACGACUCCAUAACAAAAUCCAAAUUUGAUAAUAUAUAUGGUACUAGGCAGUCUGCCUUGGAUGGUUUCAUGCGUGCAACUGAUGUUAUGGCUGCUGGCAAGGAGGUGGUGGUUAUAGGUUAUGGUCAAGUGGGUAGGGGUGCUGCUGAAGCCUUUAGGGGACUAGGGGCCAGAGUUCGUGUUACCGAAAUUGAUCCAAUUUGUGCUCUACAAGCUUCAAUGCAGGGUUAUGACAUUGUGUUACUUGAAGAUGUUGUUGAAACCGGAGAUAUAUUCAUUACGACAACUGGAUCUAUCAAGAAUAUACGUGUAGAACACAUGUUAAAGAUGAAGGAUGGUGCGAUUUUGGGUAAUAUUGGACAGGGCUCUGAAGAAAUCACUGUAGAGGAAUUAGCAGCGGUAAAGGAUGUAAAAAAGGUUCAUUUAAAGCCUUAUGUUGAUAAGUAUAUUUUACCUAACGGCAAUGGCAUUACCAUACUAGCUGAUGGAAGACUAUUUAACUUAGCCUGUGCAACUGGCCACCCAUCAUUCGUUCUAUCCACUUCAUUUUGCAGCCAGAUCCUUUGCCAAAUCGAGGUAGCAAAGAACCUCACUCGUAAGGAAUAUGAUAAGGUGUUGGUUAAGCUACCAAAGAUCGUUGAUGAGAAAAUUGCCAAAAUCCACCUUAAGCACUUAAAUGCUAAAUUGACGAUGUUGACGCAAGAGCAGGCUGAUUUUAUGGGCGUAUCCAUUGAUGGUCCUUACAAGCAAGAUAAUUACCCCUAUUAA